AUGGAGACCGGCUCCACGGAAGCCAGCAGCAGCUCCCAGGGAGGCACCGGCUGGCUGGACCUGACCCUGGUCACCUGCACUGAAACGGUGACUUUCACCGAAGUGGUGGCAGAAGAGGAGUGGGGAUCCUUUUACUAUUCUUUUAAGACAGAGCAGCUGGUGACUCUUUGGAUUCUCUUUAUUGUGACAAUUGCUGGAAAUGCCAUCGUGCUCUUCUCUACCUGGAGGAGAAAGCGGAAAUCUCGAAUGACCUUCUUCGUUACACAAUUGGCCAUCACAGAUUCAUUCACGGGACUCAUCAACAUCAUGACUGAGAUCAUCUGGCGCUACACUGGGGAUUUCAUGGCUCCUGACAUUGUUUGCAGAGUCGUUCGUUACUUUCAGGUGGUCCUUCUGUAUGCCUCGACAUACGUCCUCGUGUCCCUGAGCAUAGACCGCUAUCAUGCCAUAGUUUACCCGAUGAAGUUCUUGCAAGGAGAAAAACAGGCAAAAGUUCUUAUCGGAGUGGCCUGGAGCCUCUCUUUCCUGUUUUCCAUACCGACUCUGAUUAUUUUUGGGAAACGGCAGCUUUCCAACGGGGAAGUGCAGUGCUGGGCGCUCUGGCCUGAUGAUUCCUACUGGAUCCCCUACAUGACGGUGGUGGCUUUCCUGGUGUACUUCAUUCCUCUGAUCAUUAUCAGCCCAGCACUAGCAGUGAAAAGAAUAAACAUGUACAGAGGAGACAAAAAGGAAUUUAGCUGUGAAAAGAAACUAGAAAACUUUGAGGCUGGCUGUUACCGUGGAAAAACCUCUGCUGGCUACACCAGUCGUGGGUUCAUAUCCAGGGCGAAAGUGAAAGCCAUCAAGUACAGCAUCGUAAUUAUCCUCGCGUUUGUUCUCUGUUGGAGCCCAUACUUUCUUUUCGAUAUCUUGGACAACUUCAACAUACUCCCAGAGACCAAAGAGCGCUUCUACGCGUCCGUGAUCAUCCAGAACCUGCCAGCCCUGAACAGUGCCAUCAACCCCCUCAUCUACUGCCUCUUCAGCAACCGCCUCUGCCCCCCUUUCGAGGAAAGAAGAACACGACGGCUGGGUGGAACUUUCCGGGACAGGAGUGAUGCAGGGCAGGAGUUGCAGGUCCUGUCCAAACCAGAAUAUGUCUAG